AAUAAUAAUUGUUAUAAUUAAUUUUCAUAAUUUACAAAAUUUGUAAAUGAAGGAAUGUGCAUUCUGAAAGCACAACACGACGCCCACACACUAACCGACCCAGCAAGUUCUAUGGAACAAGGAGUGUGAACGCCAACCCAUUGUCUUUCUUUCCAAGCGUUGUUUUACUCCUGCGCAACUUAGCAUGUAGAUUUUCUCCGAGGUGGAAAAUUGAUGGAUGCGUCUAAAAAGUAAGCAUUUUACUUGGAUAUGAAUUAUUUGGAAGUAAGUAUUUUUUUCCUUGGUUGGAUUAUUACAAUGCAAGGUAUUUGUUCAGUAUGCAGAUUCAUUUUAUGAUAAUUGUCUCAUUUCCUCCCUUUUCUUGGAACUUUUCAGAGUUAAAAAGACAAAAUAUGAAUGAACAAUGGUGAUUUGCUUUGUUCUGGGUAUAAAGCAAUUUAGUUUGUUUAUUCAUUCUAUUUAUCAGAUAAAUAGAAUUUAUCAUUUUUACAAUAAAUCCUCAUCGGAAUCUAUGCAUUCUUCGAAAUAAUUGCAAUUUUGCAAUUAACCCUGCCAACGGAAAUUUGCAGCAAAAUACUUCAAAAACUUCGUCAUAAAUUUGAGAUCAGUUGCCCCUCGGUCUUUGCAGACGACAGACGUGUCUCCUUCUCUCUCUCCCACUUUUUGAAAAAUUUUCUCCUUUUGCCAAGAAAUUUUCUGGAUAAUCUCUUAUCUUCUCGUUCUCCUCCCCCUGUGGAAAUCUAGCUGUCUAAAUAACAUUUCGUUUAUCAAUAGUCAAUCAUGAGGGAAAUCGUUCAUAUUCAGGCUGGCCAGUGUGGAAAUCAGAUUGGAGCAAAGUUUUGGGAAGUCAUCUCCGAUGAGCAUGGUAUCGACCCCACCGGAACGUACAGAGGCGACUCGGAUCUCCAACUGGAGCGAAUUAAUGUCUACUAUAAUGAAGCCACCGGUGGAAAGUACGUCCCCCGUGCCAUUUUAAUCGAUCUUGAACCUGGUACCAUGGACUCUGUUCGAUCUGGUCCGUUCGGUCAACUCUUCCGCCCCGACAACUUCGUCUUUGGUCAAUCUGGAGCUGGAAAUAAUUGGGCGAAGGGUCACUACACCGAAGGCGCAGAGCUGGUCGACUCUGUCCUGGACGUCGUACGGAAGGAGGCGGAGAGCUGUGAUUGUCUGCAAGGCUUCCAAAUGACGCACUCUCUCGGAGGUGGAACCGGAUCCGGACUGGGAACUUUGCUAAUCUCUAAAAUCCGUGAAGAAUACCCGGACAGGAUUAUGUGCACGUUUAGCGUCGUCCCCUCCCCAAAGGUAUCUGACACCGUCGUCGAGCCGUACAAUUGCACCUUAUCGGUCCACCAGCUCGUCGAAAAUACGGAUGAAACCUACUGCAUUGACAACGAAGCCCUGUAUGACAUCUGUUUCCGAACUUUGAAGCUGACCACCCCCACCUAUGGAGAUUUGAACCAUCUCGUCUCCGCCACAAUGUCCGGUGUCACGACCUGUCUCCGCUUCCCUGGUCAACUAAACGCUGACUUGAGGAAAUUGGCCGUCAACAUGGUCCCCUUCCCUCGUCUCCACUUUUUCAUGCCGGGAUUCGCCCCACUCACGUCGCGAGGAUCACAACAAUACCGAGCUCUCACCGUCCCAGAACUCACGCAGCAAAUGUUUGACGCCAAGAACAUGAUGGCUGCCUGUGACCCCAGACAUGGACGAUACCUGACGGUUGCCGCUAUCUUCAGGGGGCGCCUCUCAAUGAAGGAGGUGGAUGAACAGAUGCUCAACGUCCAAAACAAGAACUCAUCCUACUUCGUCGAAUGGAUCCCGAACAACGUCAAGACCGCCGUGUGUGACAUCCCUCCCCGAGGAUUGAAAAUGUCUGCCACCUUCAUCGGAAACAGUACAUCGAUCCAAGAACUCUUCAAGCGAGUUUCGGAACAAUUCACGGCCAUGUUCCGGCGAAAGGCGUUCCUCCAUUGGUACACGGGCGAGGGGAUGGACGAGAUGGAGUUCACCGAAGCAGAGUCCAACAUGAACGACUUGGUGUCCGAGUAUCAACAGUAUCAAGACGCCACGGCCGAGGAGGAAGGCGAAUUCGAGGAGGAAGAAGGCGAAGGUGAAGAUGCUUAAAGAAGAAGAGGAAAUAAAUCAACGACAAAAUCAGCCUAAAUUUUUAAUUCAAUCGUUUUUAAAAGUGUGUAAUAAUGAAAUGAGCUUCGUAAUUGUAUUUACAUCGCAUGUAAAAUGAAAAUGAAAUGAUGGUAUUUAUUUUAUGUAUGAAA